AUGUACAACAACGUUGGUUUAUCAACAGCUCGUGGUUCUGGCACAAAUGCUUAUGUUCAAUCAAAUGUUGCCAAUCUUAGCUUUUCACGGAAUAAAAUCGUUUACAAUGCUGAAGAGGACAUUGCUCGUGCCGAAGCAGAAGUAAAUAAAGCACCAAACUUGGAGUUGUUGGAUCACGAAUAUAAACGGUUAAUUGAAAUUAAAUGUGUGGAAUUUGAAGAUUUGAUGGAAGGAAAGGUUUGA